AUGGCGUUGAGACUCACUUUCUUACUCAUGCUCGUUACUCAAACUUUAUCCCAACGUGUCAGGAUAUUCGAUCAAAUCCCUCAAGAUGUAAACCAAUGCAUCAAACCAUGUCUCUUCCGCCCCAACAACGCAAACACCGACGUCGGCGGUGUGCUAGACUGCGAUACACCCUAUAAGCAAGAUUGCUACUGCGCAACCAAUAGCGAUAGAGCGAAGCUCGUCAGUGAACAUAUCGACACUUGUGCCCAAGCAAGUUGCUCAGCAGGAAUCAAGUCCCAAGAUGCGUCAUCUAUGAGAUCAUAUUAUGCCUCUUACUGUAUGGAAAAUGGAUACACGGCUGAUGUGAUGACAGAGUGGUACACAGGCACUGUCAUUGAGGAGGCUACCGGGACUGAUAAGAAUGUUUGGGGAUGGAGUACAGCGACAGGUAAUAGCAGAAGUGAUGUGUUUGACGACGAGAAAGAAGAUGGUGGCGCCAUUGUGAGGGCUGUUGAUUUGCUGUUCUUGGGAGUCCCUCUGUUUGCGACACUGUUUCAAUUGGCUUAG